ACUGCAUCUGCCGCCGGCGAGAAAAACUUUGACAAGAGCCCCACCAAAACCAGGCAGCCCCGGAAAGUCGACCUGAGGGCGCGUUACUGGGCUUUCCUUUUCGACAACCUGCGGCGCGCGGUUGACGAAAUCUACGUCACCUGUGAAUCGGAUCAGAGUGUGGUCGAAUGUAAGGAGGUGCUGAUGAUGCUAGAUAAUUACGUCCGGGAUUUCAAGGCUUUGAUCGACUGGAUACAGCUGCAGGAAAAACUUGAGAAGACAGACGCCCAAAGCAGGCCUACGUCCCUGGCGUGGGAAGUAAAGAAGAUGUCCCCAGGGCGCCACGUAAUUCCAAGCCCAUCCACAGACCGAAUCAACGUCACAUCCAGCGCUCGCAGAAGUCUGAAUUUCGGGGCUCCCGCUGCUGCCGUGACUUCGAAUCGUCUGGCUCCGUCGGGCGUCAGCUGGGCAGACAAAGUGAAGGCGACCCACACGGCCGCGGCUCCCGCUUCAGAGAUGGCAACGAGGCAAACCUCUGUGGCGACCCCGGUGCCGAAGCCUUCGCGGAGAAACGAACGGAAAGAUGCCGAAGGCUGGGAAACCGUCCAGCGCGGAAGGCCGGUGAGGUCGAAAUCUUCUGCCUUGGCAGUGAAAUCGACUUCGUCCGCAGAAUUAUCGAAGUUGCGAGAUGACAGUAACAAAGAGAACGUGGUGCUGCGCCUUGCAGAUAACACGCAGAAGGGUCCGUUGACCGAAGACGCUGUAUCUAAAAUCGGAGACCCCAUCCUUAAAGAGUCGAGUUCUCUGUAUGAACACCCUCUUGCUGAGAGGACUCAAUUUGCAGGCCGGGUCCUCGAGGACCUCAAGAUCUCUGACAACAAAGGAUCGCCGGACGGUCCUCUGCCGCCGUCUUCCGAAGUCCCCGUGGUCCUCAUCAGCACCGAACACGUUCCUAAAAAUCCGCAGGCGGUCUCUGCUGCUUUCCCUAGCAGAGAGGAGACCCAGGCCCAGAAGAAUAAGCUGGAGAAUGAAAUGGACCCCGCUGAUAUUUCCAAUUCUAUGGCAGAGGUUCUUGCAAAAAAAGAGGAAUUAGCUGAUCGUCUGGAGAAGGCCAACGAAGAAGCCAUUGCUAGCGCCAUUGCAGAGGAAGAACAGCUGACCAGAGAGAUUGAAGCCGAGGAGAACGACGACAUUGAGACGGACAACGACAGCGACUUCUCUGCCGGCAUGAGCAGCGGAACCAUAUCCUUUUGUGGCAUCUCCAUGGAUUGGAACGACGUCCUGGCAGAUUAUGAAGCUCGUGAAUCGUGGCGUCAGAACAACUCUUGGGGCGACAUAGUGGAAGAAGAACCGGCUCGCCCGCCCGGCCACGGGAUUCACAUGCACGAGAAACUCUCCUCGCCCUCUCGCAAGAGGACGAUAGCGGAGUCGAAAAAGAAACACGAAGAGAAACAGAUGAAGGCUCAGCAGCUCAGAGAGAAGUUGCGCGAAGAGAAGACGCUCAAGCUUCAGAAAUUAUUGGAAAGGGAGAAGGAUGUCCGGAAAUGGAAGGAGGAAUUAUUAGACCAGAGGCGCCGAAUGAUGGAAGAGAAACUUCUCCAUGCCGAAUUUAAGCGGGAGGUGCAGCUGCAAGCGAUUGUGAAGAAAGCCCAAGAGGAGGAAGCGAAGGUCAACGAGAUCGCCUUCAUAAACACGUUAGAAGCCCAGAACAAGCGUCACGACGUCCUGUCCAAGCUCAAAGAGUAUGAGCAGCGGCUGAAUGAGCUGCAGGAGGAACGCCAGCGAAGACAAGAAGAGAAGCAAGCCCGGGACGAAGCCGUUCAGGAACGUAAACGAGCUCUGGAAGCAGAACGCCAGGCCCGGGUGGAGGAGUUGCUAAUGAGAAGAAAAGAGCAAGAAGCCCGGAUCGAGCAGCAGCGCCAGGAGAAAGAGCGAGCGCGUGAGGACGCAGCCCGUGAAAGAGCCAGAGAUCGAGAGGAGCGUCUCGCUGCUCUGACCGCAGCCCAGCAGGAAGCCAUGGAAGAACUUCAGAAGAAGAUCCAGCUGAAGCAUGAUGAGAGCAUACGGAGGCACAUGGAGCAGAUCGAGCAGAGGAAAGAAAAGGCCGCCGAACUGAGCAGCGGAAGACACGCAAAUACCGACUACGCCCCCAAACUAACACCUUACGAGCGAAAAAAGCAGUGUUCGUUGUGCAACGUCUUGAUUUCCUCAGAGGUCUAUCUUUUCAGCCAUAUUAAAGGGAAGAAACACCAGCAGGCUGUGAGGGAGAAUAGUAGUAUCCAAGGGCGGGAGCUGUCAGAUGAAGAAGUGGAGCACCUGUCGUUAAAGAAGUACAUUGUGGAUAUUAUCGUCGAAAGCUCCGUCCCUACAGAGCCCUCAAAGGAUGGGGAGGAACGCCAGAAAACGAAAAAGAAAGCCAAGAAACUGAAGGCACGAAUGAGCUCAAGGGCCAAAGAAUAUGAAACCAUCAUGGAAUCCAAAAACACUACUUGUGACUCCCCAUACAAAGCAAAGCUGCAGCGGUUGGUGAAGGAUCUUUUGAAGCAGCUUCAAGUUCAAGACGGCAGCAAAGUUUCCGCCCUGGACAGGAUUUUAGGAGAGAUUUCGCGCAUACUGGAGAAAGAGAACACGGCUGGUCUAGGAUCCUUGCCAAGAAUAAUCCUCGAGCCUCCAAGCAGUAGGGAUAUACGUCUGAGGGGAAAGUCUGCCUUGGGGAUGGAAAGAAAGAAAGAAAGAAAGAAAGAAAGAAAGAAAGAAAGAAAGAAAGAAAGAAAGAAAGAAAGAAAGAAAGAAAGAAAGAAAGAAAGAAAGAAAGAAAGAAAGAAAGAAACUGAAGGACUGAAAUGUCUCGAACUCGGUGGAUGGUUCCUUCGUGUUUAUUGGGUGUUAAUAUGCUUGACUGCUCGGCUGCUGGCCGGACAACUCAGCUGA